AUGUCAGAUAAAGCAAGCCCGAAGCGGCAGUUGUACGCUGAUGUCGUCCAUGAUCCCGUCACCAGCGUCCUCCCUCAGGGGGACAUUCCCUACACCGACCAUGCAAUGGACAAUGACGAAGCGGUGAUCACGGCACUGGGAUAUAAACAGGAGUUCAAACGGGAGUUCUCAUUAUGGUCGACAUUCUGUGUGAGUUUUGCGGUUUUGGGGCUGCUCCCGUCAUUCGCGAGCACCCUCUACUAUGGAAUGGGAUACGCAGGGACGGCAGGAAUGGUAUGGGGCUGGAUUGUCGCCAUGGUGUUCAUUCAGUGCAUUGCAAUGUCCAUGGCUGAGCUUUGUUCUGCGAUGCCUACGAGCGGUGGGCUCUACUACGCAGCGGCCGUUCUUGCGCCUCCUGGCUACGGGCCAUUUGCGGCGUGGAUCACAGGGUGGUCCAAUUGGAUCGGCCAGCUCACUGCAGCUCCGUCGGUGAACUAUUCUCUAUCAGCGAUGAUCCUAGCAGCGGGCUCGAUCUACGACCCGAGCUAUACGCCCACUCAGUGGCAGGUCUUCCUUUUGACCACGCUCAUGAUGAUCAUCCACACGGUGAUUAGUAGUUUGCCCACGAAAUGGGUGGCCAGCUUCAACUCCUGGGGUUCCACUUUCAACAUGAUAGCUCUCGUGGCCGUCAUCAUCGCCAUUCCGGCGGGGACCAAGAACGAACCCAAGUUCACACCCUCAAAAGAGGUCUGGGGCACCAUCACCAACUUGACUGACUUUCCAGAUGGCGUUGCUGUGCUCAUGACCUUUGUUGGUGUGAUUUGGACGAUGUCCGGGUACGAUUCUCCGUUUCACCUCAGCGAGGAGUGCUCCAACGCGAACAUUGCUUCGCCGCGGGCAAUCGUCAUGACCUCGGGCGUCGGAGGUCUCAUGGGCUGGUUCUUGCAGCUCGUGGUUGCCUACACCGUGCUCGACAUCGAAGCCGUGAUAGACUCGGAUCUCGGGCAACCAUGGGCCUCUUACUUGCUGCAGGUUAUGCCGCGGAGAACCGCCAUGGGCAUCCUCGCCCUGACGAUCAUCUGCGGGUUUUCCAUGGGCCAGGGGUGUAUGGUAGCCGCGUCGCGUGUGACCUAUGCCUAUGCACGCGACGACUGCUUCCCACUAUCCAGGUGGUGGAAGGCGGUGCACCCGCGCACCCAGACCCCCGUGAACGCCGUCGUCCUCAAUGCCGUGUUGGGCAUACUCAUGUGCCUCCUGAUCCUGGCCGGCGAUGUGGCAAUUGGCGCUCUAUUCUCUAUCGGUGGAAUCGCGCAGUUCGUCGCCUUUGCCAUCCCCAUCUUUAUCCGGGUGUUCUUCGUAGGUCAUCGGUUCCGCCGGGGGCCGUGGCACCUGGGUCCGUUUGGCCCGUAUAUUGGCGCGGUAGGCGUGUCUUUUGUGCUCCUGAUGGUCCCCAUCCUCUGUCUUCCCAGUUACACAGGGGGUAAUUUAACGCCCGAUGUCAUGAAUUGGACGUGUCUGGUGUGGGGAGGCCCGAUGCUGGCGGUGACCAUCUGGUGGGUUAUUGACGCGCACAAGUGGUUCGCUGGGCCCAAGGUCAAUGUCGAACAUAAUAUCCAUCCGAUCAGAGAGGAAUCCUCGAUGAUUGUGACUUUGGGGGAGGAGAUUGAUGGUAGUAGCCAACCAGUGGACACAUCCAGUCAGUCUAUGUGA